CACCGCUGGAUGAGACCGCCUUCGUUGCUACGGACUCGCGUUUGUUCCUCUCAACAUGGACCUGCCUGAACCCAUCCGGCGACGGCUUGGAGAUUUCUCCAGAACCGUGUUUGUGGACCAAAGCCGAACACAACCCUCUGCGGAGGAGCACGCUGACUUCCUGAACCAGAAUAAGGAUGUAGUAUCGAGUCUCCCGCUUCAGAUGUCACUUUACUUUAACAUGUGGUUCUUUCCUUUCUGGUGGAUCAGUGAGGUUGUGAUGCUACAACUGAAGUACCCAGCCCUCGCAGAUUAUUACAAGUUCAUCCUGAUCACAAUUCUUAUUUUAAUGACCCUGAUUGAGACCAUCAGACUCUACCUGGGCAAUGUUGGAAAUCUGCAAGAGAAGGUUCCAGAAUUGGCUGGAUUUUGGCUUUUGACCUUUCUGCUCCAGUUUCCCCUGAUUCUGUUCCAGCUCUUCAAUGAGGCUAUUCUUAUUCAACCUUUGGAGAGAGGAGUUCAUAUAAUACUUGCCUUAUUUAUUUUUGCAGAGGCACUUUUUGGAUUUGUUGCCUUGCGUGCAAUGGUCCGUCACACUGAGAGUCGCUUCCAUUUGCGACAAUUUGAUGGGAUUCAGGAGUUAAGGACGUGACGAGACCUGCACUGAUGGACUAUAAAAAAACACUACAAAGAUAUAUUCCAUCCAUCCAUUAUCGAUGGCGAACACUAGAGGACACAUCAGUCGUAGAGUUGAAUUGUUACUGUGGAUGUCUUGGUGCCUUAUUUUAUACAAACAAAUCUUGCCUUGUAUUAUAUUUUGUAUGUAAAAUAAACAUAAAAAAAAUAAACAUAAUUAGAUAAACAGAUUAAACACACUCCAUUGUUAUAAACCACAACAUAAUAUGUAUCAAUUUUGAAUUUAACAAAAUUACGAAUUGAAUUCAUUAGAUAAAUCAAAUAAUUAAAAAUCAGUUCCACACAUCAAAAAAA